UCUUGGCUAAAUCAACCCCAUUGAUCUGAACCGUGCAUUAACAAUACUUUAGAAACCUUUUGCAACUCCUUAUGGUUAACUGUUACCCAGAGAAAAUGUUGCGGUUGUUUUGCUUGGUAUUGACGACACAUGAGUCAUUGGCCUUUAUUCGUGCGACUGAUUUGAUAAAAGCUCAAUUUCAAACGCAAGAAAACAUCGUCGAUUCAGUUAGAGGUUCGUCAUUACCACCAAGCAUUGUUGAGGAUCAAUGGUAUAAAAGUAAGGUGGAGACUUCAAACUGGAACAAAGUCACCGGACUCGAAUGGGGCGACGAUGUGGAUUAUUUUGUGAAGACCCAUAAUGACCAUGAAAUUAGGACCAUUGAAUUGCCUUGGUCGGUGCCAUUUUAUGGCAGAUCAGUUAAUACCUUCAACAUCACCACUGCCGGUUCCAUUAUCAUGGACCAAGGAUCGCCCUUGGUUUUUCCCAGUUACAUCGCCCCAUUAAUGACUUUAUGUACGACCACGGAGACAAAAGUCACGUGGACGGCAAUAAAGGAUAAAAAACUUAAUGUAAGGUGGGAACGACACUUCAAAGGUCAUGAAAAGACACCAAUCAUUGUAGAACUACAUCUACAUGUGGAUGGUUCAAUGUCUUUUUUGUACAAAGACAUCAAAAAGGAAAUCAUUGAAGAUUGCCAAGCAAAUGGAUAUUCAUUUGUUAUUGGUGUAAUUGAUUCCUUCGCCACCCAAUCAAACCAUCAAAGAGCAGAAGUGAAGGUUGGAAUAUACCCUCGCGAAAAUAUUGAUGUGAACCAAAUCCUAGACCAAACUUAUCAGGUCAUCAUUUCACGUCUCCAAUCGGACGGCUCAGAUUGUUUGGCCCGAACGACUUUGCAAGCAUGCCGCUUGAAUUUUGAUUGCACCUGGUGCUCCGAUCAAUGUUCUUAUUCUUUGGAGCGUUUAAGAAACCGGCAAAAAUGCCAGAGAACCAUUGACUGGUAUUUUCGAUUGGGUCAUGCGAACCGGGAUCACUAUAAACGUGACAGGUACCACCUGUUUCAGUCACGAUGGUCGAAACAGCUCAGCCCAUGUGAAUCUGUGUGUAUCUGGGAAGGUAGGGACUUUGUUUGUGGAUCAGACGGAAUCAUUUAUCAAAACAAAUGUUAUUUGGAACGUCAGCGCUGCUUAUCUAAUCCAACUCUUCGAGUAGUCAGCAACGAUACCUGCUCUGCUGAAUGCCAAGCAAAUUGUCCCACGGACUAUCAGCCAUUUUGUGGUUCUGACCAAGUCACUUACCCCAACCUUUGCAAGCUUAACCUGAAGAAAUGUGAAGAGAAGGAUUUGGUGGAGCACAGCCCAGGUACUUGCGACCAUGUCUCUACAGAAGAGUUCUACACCUAUGACGAGUCUCAAACCGACCCAUCUGAUUUUGAGGAUGAUUACGAUCUAGAUCUAGAACUUGCCCAAGAAAAAGGUUGUAACACCACGUGUUCCAAAGAGAAUCAGCCUAUUUGCUUGAACGGGGAUCGGGAUUUUGCGAACAAAUGUCUUAUGGAACUAGCCAUUUGUGCCCAAAACGUCACGAAGAUCUAUUGGCAAAUGGGCUCUUGUUCGUCUAAGAACCCCGAGAAGCUAUGUUCCACGGAAGGUUGCACUAAAGAGCUCAAACCAGUGUGCGGCAAUAAUGGAAAGACUUACGGGAACCUUUGUAUCCUUGAGCAUUUAUCGUGUAUGCACAAUCUUAACCUAACGGUGGUAAAAUUAAGUGCGUGCGAAAUCAGCCCUGGAUCUGAUUCUGAUUGCCCUUUGGCUGCAUGUACCAGGGAAAAUAAUCCCGUAUGUGGAACGGAUGGAACAACAUAUAGAAACCGUUGCUUACUGGAUGCUGCCAUGGAAUGUGAUUCAAGUCUGAACUUCGAGAGACUUGGACCUUGCAAAUCAGAUUCCAUCCACCUUGGGCCACCAUCCAACAUCCAACAACCUAUUCCUCAAGAUAUGGAGCCAAAUCAUCCAGAAGCAUCAAGUAAACCGGGCAAGCUUUUUCGAGGUUUCAUCGUAGUGGGAAGCUUGUUCAUUGUCCUUCUUCUGGGCAUGGUAUUGUUGCGACGGUAUAAUAAACAGCAGCGAAGUAACCUUGUUGGUAAUCAAAUGCCUGAGUUUGGUCAAAAUAAUUUUUCAAUUCCCAACAGUGAGUAUAAUCCUAUGCCUACCCCUGUGAUCAGAUCUCAUGCCGCUGGGGCGGAGCUUAAUAUGAUGACUAGGUCAUGAUAAAAUUUAUUUGAUCGAUAAUACGUGAAAAAUACAAUACCAAAACCAG